UCUAUUGACAGUUAAAUGCAAACCAAGCAUAAGAUCGUGUAUGAAACAACAAAAACAUCUGAAACAAGAGAUUAUAGUUACUCCCUGUGCUUCACUUCCCUGUCCACUGAAAAGAGGCACAAAUGCAACAUUGAGUGUCAAGUUUGAGAUACCGGAAGAUAGCGAAAAAUUAAUGGCAAAAAUGGGUAUAAUUGUCGGCGGCUUAAGGCUAUCGGUUCCCAAAUUUGAUGCCAACCUAUGCGGCGGAUAUGGUGUUACGUGUCCAGUGACCAAAGGUACACACUAUCGAUACAACUAUACGAUAGCCAUCGGAGACGAUUACCCGAUAUUUACGACAACAUUGAGACUUAUGGCUAAAGAUGAUCAACAAAAUAUGGUUUUCUGUUUCAAAGUUCCCAUAAGUUUUGUUGAUUAA